UCAGCAGCCUGAUGACCUAGAGGCCGGAGAGGGAGUAUACGUGACAGGUAUGAAGACCAAAACAUUCAACGUUGUGAGAUGAUACCUCCUCCACUGUUUCAUCCACUAAAGGUUUUACUGUUACAAUUUCACACACGAGCGUUCACCAUAUUUGGACUAUCACAGAGAAGUGUUACGGGGACAUGGUGCCCAAGACGAUCGCGGGGAAGAUCUUUGGUUCUAUCUGUUCUCUGAGCGGGGUGCUGGUAAUCGCCCUGCCUGUUCCCGUCAUCGUGUCCAACUUUAGCCGAAUCUAUCACCAGAACCAGAGAGCUGACAAACGGCGUGCGCAGAAGGUACAGAAAGCCAGACUGGCCCGGAUAAGAAUAGCCCAGACGGGCAGCUCCUGCACGGGCUUCCUCCAGAGCAAACGCAACGACCUCCUCAACGAACUGCUGGAGCUCACGGGAUCAGAGGAAGAGGAACAGCAGCUCAACAAGGGCAUGUCGUUAUUAGAGAGCCAACACCACCACCUAUUGCACUGUCUGGAGAAGACCACUGCCCAUGAGUUUGUGGAUGAGCAGCUGUAUGAGCAGAACUGCCUGGAGACCACGAUCCAGAGCUACACCUCCCACAGCCCCUCCUUCUCCAGCCAGGACGGGCCCAUAGGCACCUGCUGUACCCGCCGGGGGAAGAUGAACUCCCCACUACCCAACUCCAGCCUGCCCCUCCAGCCCAGCCAUCAGCAGGGCUCACUACAGGAGCUCAGCGCCCUGCACAUCCAGUGUGGGGAUAAGCUGCCCCAUACCACCAGUCGCUCCAGUCUCAACAUGAAGACAGACGAUGUGGGCCUGAUCAACUGCAAGGGCAGUCAGAUCACCACGGCGAUCAUCAGCAUCCCCACGGCCCCCUCCGACACCACUGACGGGGGCGGUCUCCACGGACCCCCCCAGCGCAGACCCCCCCCACCCCCCACCGGCCCACAGGCCCCCAGCAUCAAUACCACCGCCAGCUCCAAUGUCAUUAAAGUAUCUGCUCUGUGACUGUGUGACGAACCCAAUCGACAGACUGACUGAGCAGGAGGAGAGGUGAAGGGGACUUUCACUUGAACUCUGCCUUGAAGGACCCUGUCGCCUGUUUAGAGGAAGAGAAAUGGGAGGGAACUCCCAUUUUCCAAGGAAUGUACUUGGCCUUUUGAGAAGCCAGGGGAUAGGCUACUGUAUACUGAGAGAAAUGUUGAAACGCAAGUCAGCUGAUGGUAGGCUACUGUGUGCCCAUUUCCCAAAAACGGGCCAGUAUGUUUGAAUUGCGGGAAUCGACAGGACAAAGGAAGUCACUGUGUCUUUGUGCACUUCGCACCUACUCUUUAUUUUCUUGAUCUGGCUACAGCUCAACCCUAAAUGUGUAAAAGAUAUUCUUCUUACACUUACAAGGUUCAAAGGAGGAUGAAGACAACGAUCAAUGUUUUAACUCGAGUUUGGUUGGUCUUCUUUGCGUUUUCUGUUUGUCGUAUCUAGUUUCACCUUGAUUGAUACAGUUUUGGAGUUUUUUCACUUCUCCAGUGGACGAGGUGUGUCGGUUAAUAUGAUUGUGGUGAUUUUUUUGUUUGUGUAUGUAUGUACGUGUGUGAUGAUACUUUUAUGAAAUGUUAAUACUUUUGUGGGUUUUUAAACCUGAUUAGAUUUUCAUCCGUCCACAAUGCCCUUAAAGAGCGACUGCCCCUAAAAAGCCAUUUCUCAUUUUGAAAAUGGCCUAUAAUGGGAUCGAUAUGAGUCAGACAUUUAUUAUACUGUCAAAAUCGACAACAAAAUGUGAAUAGGAUAAUUUGGGUCAUAAAUUUAGUCUCAUCCAGAUUUGUGAGAUGUCAGGAAAAAAAAUGUAUGUUCUGGAAUGAAGGGUACCGUAACAGUUUUCCUUGGGUUUGGUAAUGCCCAUGGUCAGUUUAGUUUGACAUUCGAUAUCCCUAUGGGGCUAGUUAGGGACCACAACAUUCUAAAGGUGAAUAGCUCCAAAUUUCAAUAAAUUAAAAACUUCAAACCAAUUAUAAAUUGUAGAAAUUAAUUAAUAUACAAAUAUUGAAAGCAUUUAACGAGAGAACUAAAACAUGGGCAACAUGAAAAUAUUGUCCCAUUUAUAUUGUGUAUUUCAUUGACGGUACCUAACCAUCCCCAGAGAUAGGCUAUCAAAAGUCAAACCAACUUUGCCACAGUCGCACACUAGUCUGCUGAAACUAAUUACCUAAAUAAUUUGUGUAACUCUUCCCACCUGCGAACACACACAAGCGACACCCACAACAAACCACACCCUGAAACCAACUCACGUUUGAAUUCAGCCAUGGCCGCUAGCAUUUCUUAAUGAACCAAAUCUAAAACCAGGCCAAAGCAGGAAGUUCAGUCGCCCUUUAAAAUCAAAGGAACAUAAAUGACUACUCAGACAAAUAUUUUAUGGGCUAACUAUUUUUUUGCUAGAAUAUUUUAUCAGACACACUACAGUACCAUUGCUGUUACUCGGUCUCUGUCUCUCCCUUGCUCUCUCACUUUCUCCCAUGCUCUCUAUCUCUGUCUUUCUCUCUCUCCCAAAAUGUCCUAAUUUUUAAGACUUUAGAAUAGCAGUUUAGUCGUUGUUUUUUCAGCUCAGUGGAAGACAGUAGAAUCACCAUGGUCCCAUGCAACCAUGGAUGUCAUUAGCUAGG